AUGGUUCAGUCGAAUAGGGGUUCAACUAUCCCCAAAUGUCCUGUGGCGAUUAUAGCUUUUGGUGCAGAGGUUGCAAGGUCCAACGUUGAUGAGCUUUUCCAAUUUGCAGCUGCUUUGAAUCUCAACCUUGCAAUUAUAAAUCUUCUACCGUUGCCCGCUCUUGAUGGGGGUACUCUAGCUUUAAUCCUCGUAGAAGCAGCUAGAGGUGGGAAGAAGCUCCCUCUAGAAAUAGAGCAAGGGAUAAUGUCUUCGGGGAUUGUGUUUGUGAUAAGUCUUGGGUUGUUUCUAAUUAUACGCGACACACUUAAUCUUGAUUUUGUCAAAGAUCUGAUGUGA